AUGAAAUUUUACCAAGCAGCUUACCGCAAUCUCAUUACAGAAUGGUUUGGAGAGCGUGUGCCAAUAGCAACAGGGCUUACACGUGAUAGCGUUAAUUCGUCGUGGCAAUGGACAAAUGGAGCUGCACUGAAUUACACAAAUUGGGCACCAGGACAGCCAGCGAACAUCGGGGAUUGUAUGAUGGUUAACCCGAAUGGAGCUUGGUCAACUUAUAUUUGUUACAGUUUUCAACGAAUCGCUUGUCCUUGUGAAGCAGAUGCUUAUCCCUUACCAUGA